AUGACUGAUAGAUCGAAAAGCGCUCCGAGGCCUUCGUUUAAAGAUUUAGUUGAAGAAGCUAAGAAGAACUCAGGCUUGAUGCCUCAUGACAUUUUCUACUUAUACAAAAAGCCGCAGCCUUGCAACUUAAGUAAAAUGCAGCCAAGGCAAAUCAUAGCCCAAAGACCACCUUUGCCUCAUCUCCACAUUGAAAAAGAAUAUAAAAAUACGUCGCCUUUGAGAAAUAAACUUAUGAUUAGAGAAGCGAAAAUCGGAUUAAGAAAAAUAAUGAAGAGAAGAUCUCUUAACGAAUCCGAUUUUUUUACCAGCUCAGGAACAAGUUCAGCGAAAAGAGGGACUAUUUCGACAGCAGUGUCUAGAGGGAAUUUAAGCCCUAAAGAUGUUAAUCAAACCUUUGUAGAGUCUAUAUCUAACUUCUGUGAAAAAUAAAUAAAUUAUUUAUAAAUUAAUUUUUAUAUAAAAAAAUAAAUUAAAUAUUUGCCCACUGAAAUGUAAGCAUAUUUCAACAAUAUUUAGCAAAGAAAAAGAAUGCACAAACUCCCUUUUUAAAAGAUGCCAGGAAACUUACAUGAAGCAGAUUAAAAAUAUUACAUCAUCAGAAAACACUGAAUUCUUUUCUGAGCAAGACAAAACUGAAGCUUGCAAAGACUAUUUAUCUGUCCAGAAAAAAAUAAAUAUCAUUUCUAAAGGCAGAGUUAAUAGAAGUAAUAUCCAUCCGCGGCCUGCUUUGGCGGUCAGAAAUAUUUAG